ACCGCAGCAUCACCUUGAUCUACAGCCGCUGUCCUUGGUCCUGAACAGGGUUAAUCGCUCCAUGAACACACGGCUGCUGCUGCUUGGGCGUGUCUGACCUCCGCUGGGAUGCGUAUAUGAGUGGGCGUGUCUACCUCUCUGUCCCUCCUCCCUCCCCCUUUAACACGCGAAACCCCCACCUCUAAAGCAUCAGCGCCGUGUUCUAUCCGUGUCAGUCCUAUCACAGGGGAGAACUGGGGGUCUGCAGGCUCAUCCUCCCCAUCCCCCUCAAACCUGUCUCUCCAUCCCUCUCCCUGAGACUACAAUUAGCCAGAUGGAGCUGUGACAGAAGGCCCUAGGGACAGACAUCUCCUACACUAUUGUGUGACUGAGGCAGCGAGACACACGGACAGGAACCGGCGAGACAUCCCGAGACGUCUCUGGACCGCUGGCAUAGAGAACUGACAUUGGGAAACUAGACACCACUGUGUGAUUUUGGCAGUUUAUUUGCUGCACCAUAUGCAAUGGCUUGUCUACAUGAAACACGCACUCCCUCACCUUCCUUUGCUGGUUUGCUAUCAGAUGGACCCAUUCGCCGCCUGGAUAUUGAUACCCCUCCUGGCUGUACCCCUGAGCAAGAACUGACACCCACACAAUGUGUCCUUCGUGGUAUGGUGCGAUCUGAGGGGGGCUCUCCUCACAAUGAUGACUGUACAACCCCCCUCACGCACAGUGUGUCCUCGGACCCACAAAAGGCUGAAGACAGGGGUGGAGGGGGUGCAGCAGAUUGUCCUUUAGAAGACAGACCAUGUCGGGCAUUGGGCGAAGGCCGUAUGCAGUGUCAAGCAGGGGUUGGCUUUCUCGGAGGGCUUUUUGGAUGUCUGAGACCCGUCUGGGCAAUGAUUGGAAAAACCUAUUCAACAGAACACAAGCAGGGAGAAGAUCCAUGGGAGGUUCCAUUUGAAGAAAUCCAAGACCUGCAGUGGGUGGGCAGUGGAGCCCAAGGAGCCGUCUUCCUUGGGAAAUUCCAUGGUGAAGAAGUGGCUGUAAAGAAAGUGCGAGAUAUUAAAGAAACAGACAUCAAACAUCUCCGCAAGCUAAAACAUCCUAACAUCAUCACCUUCAAGGGUGUGUGCACACAAGCUCCCUGUUACUGCAUCCUUAUGGAAUUCUGUGCCCAGGGGCAACUGUAUGAAGUCUUGCGUGCUGGGAGAAAGGUUACCCCCUCCAUAUUAGUAGACUGGUCCAUGAGCAUCGCUGGUGGAAUGAACUACUUACAUCUCCAUAAAAUAAUCCACCGUGACCUCAAAUCACCUAACAUGCUCAUCACCUAUGAUGACUUGGUGAAAAUUUCUGACUUCGGUACCUCCAAGGAAUUGAAUGACAAGAGCACCAAGAUGUCCUUUGCGGGUACAGUUGCUUGGAUGGCACCAGAAGUGAUACGAAAUGAGCCUGUUUCCGAGAAGGUGGAUAUUUGGUCCUUUGGUGUGGUUCUAUGGGAGCUGUUGACAGGAGAGAUCCCUUAUAAGGAUGUGGAUUCCUCCGCCAUAAUUUGGGGGGUGGGCAGCAACAGCCUGCACCUCCCAGUACCAUCCAGUUGUCCAGACGGAUUUAAACUGCUGCUAAGGCAGUGCUGGGACAGCAAGCCUAGAAAUCGCCCCUCUUUUCGGCAAAUUCUGCUGCACUUAGAUAUUGCUUCGGCCGAUGUCCUGUCCACCCCCCAGGAGACCUACUUCAAAUCCCAGGUGGAGUGGAGAGAUGAGGUUCGGUUACAUUUUGAGAAGAUCAAGUCAGAAGGAACGUGUUUGCAGCGCUUGGAAGAGGAGCUGAUAACACGGCGCCGUGAGGAGCUAAGGCAUGCCCUGGAUAUUCGAGAGCACUAUGAGCGCAAGUUGCAGAGAGCAAACACGCUGUACGUGGAGCUAAAUUCACUCAUGCUGCAGCUGGAGCUAAAGGAGAAGGAGCUGCUCAGGAGAGAGCAAACAGUGGAAAAGAAAUAUCCCACAAUACUGCGCCAGCAACCUCGUCCCUCUAGUACAAUGGAAAAACUUAUCAAGAAGAGGAAUGUACCUCAGAAAUUAUCCCCACAUGGGAAAAGGCCAGACAUUUUGAAAUAUGAAGUUCUGCUGCCAAAGGUAGACUCUGUCUUGUCACCAUCUACCCCCACUGGUUGCCAGAAACUCCCUCCAUCCCCUGGAAGGGGCCGUCGGGGAAAACCACGGUACCGCAAAGCAAAGGACGCGCUCAACUUCAAAGCUGCAGUUACUCCUGAGCCCACCCCUCAAAGCCAGCCUCCCGCUCGUGAGCCGCAUCCUCUGUCUUCCUCAAGCCCUGAUCUCUUAUGUACCCCUCUGGAGGCCGAGGCCCGUAGGGGAAGUCAGAGUGCAGAGUGUUCCCCUGUCCGGUCUUUGCCUGGACCCCCAAGCCCUGACUCCCCCUCAGGACGGGCAGCAGGGAGCAGAGCAGCCAGAGGAGGGCAGCACCUCACCCCAUCAGCCAGGCUGUACAGAGCAGCUGUCACAAGGAGUCAGAAACGAGGGCUGUCCUCGGAGGAGGAAGAGGGAGAAGUUGACAGUGAGUUGGAGGUGGAGAGAAGACAGAGGUGGCCGACAGGGAUGUCCCAGAAUCAGUCACCCAGUUCGGAGAAUCUGUCGGACGGGGAGGAAGGGAACACUACCGACCUCUCUCACAGUGUCACCCCUGAUGUGCUGAGCACUAACACAGAUGAACGUCCGGAUGAGCGAUCUGAGGAUCUGGUGUCCCAAAGCUCAGAACCCCCACUGGAUCUUCUCACCCAGUCUGAUGGACUCUCAGAGAAAGAGGCAGUUAUCCAGAAAGUGAAAACACAGCUGAGCAAUGAGCAGACUGCAGGAGAGAAUGUCGGCCUGUACGAUGACUCUGACUGUGACAGCGCUGAACUUGACCACUCGCUCUCUGCAACGACCUCAUGAUGCCACUGCAGAUAUACCUCCCCACUGUAUAUAGAGGAAAUAUUUAUAUAAAUAUUAUCUAUAAAUAUAAUACAUAAUAUGUGAAUAGACUGAGCCACACCUAUUUCCCUAUGUCAGGGAUCUGCAACGCGCAGCUUUCCAGCUGCUGCAGAACUACGACUCUUAAAUGUGGUAGAGUGCUGGGUAUUGUAGUUCAGUAACAGCCAGUAAGCCUCAAGUUGUGGAUCUCUGCUCUAUAUUCUUCCUCACCCAUCACCACCCAUGCAACCUACACAUGCCCUCCCAUCACAUCUAGCUGGGGAUGAAAUCUGGAAGCACUGGAAGCAUAGCAAAAAAUAAGCCUGCACCCCAAAGACGAAGGAUUUAACACAUAAAAGUAGCCCCAUGGCUGCCACUGAAACCUUCUGUACACUGGCAGCCAAGGAGUUCAUGAGCACAAAGUGAAAUGUUCUCCCCUUUCUAUGUAGAACCUCAUUGCAUGGUAUUUAUGAUCUCACUAUGCAUGGACAGAGUACCCCCCUUUUAAAUGCCUGGUGGGCAUCCAGUGCAUGACAAGCAAUGUGCAGCAUUGUCUACUAGAAAUGAAAGAUGACAGUCAUUUCCAGAGUACCCGGGCUGACAGUUGCUUUAGUUGCGUCAUGAAACUGUUAAUGUUCUGCAGUCUCCUUGUCUGCCGGAGUCCUGCAACACAUUACAAAGCAACUUCUGCAAAACGAUGAAUCGCAGCUUCUCCGGCUGACUAUCGGUCAAUGGAGUCCGAGGCGAUGCGUCCGGGUUGUGCACUUCAUGGAGCAGUACUUCACAGGGUUGGAAAAGCAGCGCUCUGCAAGAUGGCCUUUUGCAGUCUUGACGAGAAGUUCUUCAUGGUGCUAUGCCCUGUGGCUCUGCCUUUAUAUUCCUUAGAGUAAUGGAUCUGUAGGGCACAUUCAAUAGCAGUGAGUGAAUGAAAUUCUCAUCUGGUUCUGAACUCUUGGGGUCAUAUUUAUCAAAGAGUGAAGUUAAAGAUCGCCACAAUCUGCUAGAGUGAUAUUCCACUACUCUCCAUUCAUUUCUAUGGGAUUUUGAAAGGUGUAUUUAUUAAAGCAUUAACUUUCACUUUCACCCAUUGAUAAAUCCCAUAGAAAUGAAUGGAGAGUGGCGGAAUUUCACUCUAGAGGGCUGUGGUGACCUCUAACUUUGAUAAAUACACCCCUUUGACUCUAUCUGUAGCACUGUAUGGCAACGUGCUGUAGUCAUUUGUGAUGGCCAGGGGUUAAGCAGAAGAGGGAUGGCAUGGAAAGAUAUAUAUAUAUAUAUUCGAAAAUAGCUCAUAUUUCUAUUGAAUAUUCCAAAGCAGGUUCUGUAUAGAUCCAUACACUUAUACAGUACGAUCCAAUGUUAAACUUGAAUGGGUAUUAGUGUGGACGGCCAUGUUCCUUUGUUAUAUUUUGCUAUAAAGUCGGCGUCGAUGACCUUAGUCUUGUAGUUGAACAAUAUCUGAACACCUCCAGUUGCCCAAGUCGGCUACAGAGCCCAAGGACCAAAAUAAAGGAAACUCUGCCACAAA